AUGCCGGGAAACGGACGUAAAAGGAUGGAGGUGAAUGAUAUAUCUCACGAAUAUCUCUCGGAAGGCGAAGAAGCCAUUUUAGUGGAGGAUGGGAUCCACAUAGAGGGUAUCGAUGAAGUAGUUUAUGUCAAUGACAUCGGUGGCAUUAUCGUACCAGAGGUGUAUCAACAGUGGCCAGAAGGUGCCGUUGCAUUAGAGGAGAUCAGUGAUGAAGGACAGCUUGAAUUGCAAGCCUACGACGAACCUGACGAUGCGUACGAAAAUCAGCAGUACGAGUAUUCACAGAAUGAAGCUGUAUCUGCUGAGAGCAUCUCUAUGGAGCCGCACAUUUCUCUCGAAGAUGCCGUUCCCGUCCAAUAUGAAGAUGAAGACCUCGAUUACGCUGAAGAUGAGCUUGUACCCGGAGGGAGCUCACAGAUUGAUGAAUAUGAAAUGGAGGCCGAUAGGAUGGCGAAUCGAGGCCGUCGGUGCGUCUUCGAAUUUAUUUGA